GUUUUCUGAUUGGCUGAGCUGAGUGUCGAUCACCGCGUCCUGGGGCCGCACUGCGCAGGCGUCGCCCUUUCCCCGGCGGUUGGGGUGGGAGGACGGAGCUCGGUGGCCGCCAUGGAUCGCAGCCCCCCCGGCUUCAGGCACCCUACCAAGGUGAGGACGAGGAUCUCAGGGCAUCCCAGUCACCUCUUUGAAGAUACCAGUGGAAAUGUGGAUGUUCCGACGUUUGAACCAGGAUACGAGGGACCCUCCUCAGGCUUUGGCCUCGCAAGACCAGGCAUCCUCAGUGACCCCAUGAUGUCUAACCUGGCAAUGGCUUAUGGGAGCAGUUUGGCAAGUCAGGGGAAGGACAUUGUGGAUAAAAAUAUUGAUCGAUUUAUUCCAGUGAGCAGAUUGAAGUAUUACUUUGCUGUGGACACUGUUUACGUUGGAAAGAAGCUGGGUCUCCUCGUCUUUCCGUACAUGCACCAGAACUGGGAGGUGCAAUACCAACAAGACACCCCUGUGGCCCCCCGGGUUGAAGUAAAUGCUCCUGAUUUGUAUAUUCCAGCAAUGGCAUUCAUCACAUACUUACUGGUGGCUGGGUUUGCUCUUGGCACUCAGAGCAGGUUCUCCCCAGAGGUGCUGGGGAUGCUGGCCAGCACUGCAUUAAUCUGGCUGGUCAUUGAAGUGCUUGCCAUCUUGCUCAGUCUCUACCUCGUCACCGUGAACACAGAUCUAACCACAAUCGACCUCGUUGCCUUUGCAGGAUACAAAUAUGUCGGGAUGAUAGCUGGAGUUGUAGCUGGACUGAUUUUUGGAAGAACGGGAUACUACAUUGCUUUGGGCUGGUGCUGCAUCUCGGUUGUGGUGUUCAUGAUCCGAACUUUGAGACUGAAGAUUCUGUCGGAAGCUGCAGCCGAGGGAGUUCUCGUCCGGGGCACUAGGAAUCAGCUGCGGGUGUACCUGACCAUGGCCAUCGCUGCAGUGCAGCCAUUCUUCAUGUACUGGCUCACCUAUCACUUGGUUAGAUAGGAUAUCCAGAAAACCACCUGCAUUCCCUUGGGGUGGGGGGGGGGGUGGGGUCAUUGAUCUCCCAUUGAUGUUGGGGGACAAUGGGGGUUGGAGAAUGUAGGGGAGCCUGUCACCCCGGGUGGGUGGAGCAAGGGGUGGGACAUCACACUGGAUGAGAGGGGGGGAUAAAGCCAUCUGUGUGUGUGCCCGUCCUCUGAGGGUCACAGGAUAGCUUAAUCUCCCCAAGGAGGGUGUGACUAACCCAUUUCCAAUGAAGCAAGGGAAUUGGGGGAGGGAGACAAGGAGCACUGACUUGGUCUUCCCAAAGGAAUAGUUUUGGAAAGUGGAUUUCAUCUGUCCUCUGCAAUAGCUGAGCUUUUUCUGCUGGACUGCCCAUAUCAUACACGCACAUUAACUGAGAGUUGCAGCCUCAACCCCAGAUUUCUAAUCUGCAGGGAAACACAAGCUGAUGGACAAAUCUGUGGUGAAUCUGCUGACCACUGUGGGGAAUAUUUUUAAUACCUAUUUAUAAACACAAGUUGAGGAAAUAAAAAAAAUAAUGUAUCAA